UAUUUCUGCUAGCUGAGCCUUCCAAAUUUCAAAAGCAUGAUAAUCCUUUGAUGAAUGGCAACGAAUUUGUUUUACCGGUCAAAUUAUAAACAAAAACAUUUCGCUUGCAGGUAUCAUGGCGCGAACAUUUAGAUCUGCCAAGGAUUUGUGGUCUCUUGUGACAGGCUCCUCUGUUUUGAACUGCAAGGAAUUGAUUCAAUAUGAAAUCGAAAGAAACAGUGACCACAUUGUCAACGGAGUGUUACACUUCAAGAAAUCAAAUGAUGCUUCUUUGGAUGCAUUGAAAAAGUCAGUUGAUGAUCCUCACUUUGAGUUCUUAAGCAAGCUAAGUAAAUUAAUUAAUGUUGAUGCCAUGCAAUGUAAGGAUUUGUUCUUAGCAUAUGCUUCAUAUGAAUUCAAGGGAACACAAAAAACACUUGAGGCACACUUGAUAAAUGAACGAUUGGCACAAGCUUUAUUGCAUGAGAUGUGGCACUAUUAUUAUAGUGAAAGACUUUAUUAUAUGUUAAUUUUGAAACAUAUUCUCAAUCAUUGGCAGGAUGACACUGAUCCUUACAAAGAUAUUUAUGAAUCUUUCCUAGAAAAGUAUAACAAAGAUAAUGCUGUCAUAAGCAAGGUUUUAAAACAAAUAGAAAAUUCUAUAAAUUCUGAACUUCCUACUAAGGAGUCCCAUGGUAUUUAUAUGACUGAUUUGCUGUCUUAUCACUGGGUUACAUAUACAUUGAAAGAACAGGGAGAACUGCUUCAAUUAUUGUUGUUAUACUACAAAGUCGUAGAACAUAAUGUUGAAGAUGUUGAAAAAAUGUUUGCCCUUUUUCAGAGUCAUGGAUUUGGAUUAAGACAGUCUUUUCGAAUGGUCAAAUCAGAUGACACUAAACAUUUAGUGGACUCUAUAGGUUACCUUGAAAGCUUUGUUUUAAUACAGUGCUUUGAAUUGGAAUUUCUCUUUAAAUGUAAAGAAAGAGGAAUGAUAGCUGAUCACUAUUUAUUGAAAAAUGAGAAGGCUUUGAUGAAUUUAACUGAGUCUAUCUUGCGUCUUGGUUGCCAUCAAGCUCAUUCUCCCAUUUUGAUGGCGUGGUUACUUAUAGCUCACUCAUCAGCUAAUCCUGACCUGAUUGCCCAUUGUAAUAAAUUGGGAAAGCUUGCCCUCCAGUUGAAUGUUUUUGAUUAUUUGACAUCUGCACUAACGGCUAACGUUUUCUCUACAACUGGGAUAAUAUCAGAGAUAUCUAAUAACAUUGUCUACAAUUUGUUAUCUGCAAUUUUAUCACUCUUUGAACUGCAAUAUUUGGGACCAAUUACGCCUUUGUUUACUAUUGCUAAAGAAACUUUGAAACACCCAUUAGUUGCAAAUGAUUUUUGGAAAAAGGGUGAGGAUAGUGGAAUUAGAGAGCUUUUCAAUUAUUAUGCAGAAAUGUUUCCUCUAGAAUUUUGUCCCGUUCUUGAGCUUUGUGCAUCUUUGAGUCUUGCUAACAAAGAAAGUUGCCUAAAGGUGGUUGAACUUCUGAAAUGCAUUCCUGUUUAUGCUGAGUAUUUAGAGAAUGUAGAUGGACGAGAUAUUGCUGUAACGCAAGAACAAAAUGUUUUACAACUAACCAGUAAUCGAGUGCUCUAUAGAGAUAACAAUCUUGUAAUACCAAAAGGAACUUAUGGCCUGGUUACCAAAGAUAAGGGUAAGGAAGGUUGUUCAGUUAUUCAGUGGAAAGUUCUUCUGAAUGGUUGGCAGAUAUGUUUAAGAGAGAUAUUCACACUGUUACAAGAAAUAUCAUUCAGUUCAGUGUCACCAGAAAGUAUCAUGAAAAUGACAGCUGUUGCAAAACUUGUGGACAACAUCCUUAAAAUGGACAUUCAGCUGAGCUACAAUUUUACACAUCUCAUAAAUAUUCUGUUUUCAUUUUUACAGAGAUGCAUAAACACUCCAUUUACACCUCUGGAAUUUAUAUCAAUUUGCAUAAAUAUAGCUGCCUCAUUAUCAAAAGAUGAAAUAUCAGAUGUAUGGCAACAGCUUUCUCAGAUUCGCCUUCUUCCUUUUUUGUCUCAUACACCCAAAAACACAUUAGAAUUGAUUGGUUCUUGUAUGAAUGUCAGCAUUCUUGGUCAAUUUAUUGCUUCUAAGGAAUGUGUUUCUGGAGAAUAUUCUGUCUGUCUCUCAUUUUUGAAUCUCAUUUCAAAUGUUUCUCAGACUCUAGCAAAAGAAGAUGAAACAUUCAUUGCCUGUAUUACGUAUAUACUAAGAGAAAUUUUUUCGUCUUUCCAUAAAUGGUAUUUUAGUAACUCUCAGCAAAGAAUACUUAUGGGGCAAAAGUGCCUGAAUCUACUACAUAAUUUGCUUUCUGUUGAUGACAAGAGAUCUAAAGAAAUUGAAAAAUCGAGAGAUUUAGCCAUAUUUGCUCUUCUUAAUCUAGAAGCAGGCCAAACUCUUCUCAAAAUUGUCUGUACAGGAGAAGAAGUGAUUCAACAAACAAUUUUAAAGCAAAAUAGCAAUUCUGGAGAUCAAAUUGCAACAAUGAUUCGUCUCUCUUUGUCAGUAUUAAAUCGUCUUCUGCAGAUGCGAAAUAAAAGUUCUUUUAAUUCUAAGACUGAAGUUUCUCCACUGGUGUCUGUUCUGUUCUCCACUCCAGGUCACACAAACCAACCUCAAGUUGUUCUAAUGGUGGCACACUAUGUUUUUCAACGUUAUAAUCCACGUCUGGCUACUCUGGCAGUUCAACUGUUGAAAAGAUUUGCUAAGGAAUUUCCAAUGUCUUUGCUUAGCUGCUUUAGUUCUGAAGCAGAAGCAAUACGGGACCAUUUCCUAGCUCGUCUCAGUUCUCAAUUUGAAGACAUAAGAUUAAAAGUAUCUAUUUUAGAAUUCUUGACAGUGUGUGUUGCUCAGCAACCUGGCCUCAUUGAAAUGUUUAUCAACAUCAGAAGUAAAGAGAAGCCAUCCAAGGCUGAAGAAACUAAAAGCUGCUUAGAUUGUGUGAAAAACAUUCUGAAAGUUAAAAUGAAUGAGUCAGCAAUUUUGGAAUUUGACCUGCAAUUCAAUUCUAAACAGUGAAUCACUUCUGGAUGCUCCUGGAAUUAAUGCCUACAUCAUCCGAACUCUUGCUCUGGAAAUAUUUUAUAGUGGGCGGAAUAACUUACACCAACUUGUUCAAAAUGUUUUGAAAAGUAUUCAAGAAAAGAAAUUAUUGCUGAAAUGGGCUGAGAACAUUCACUGCCAUCCGCACAGUGACCCAGCUGAAGAAACUUCAAUGGAACUUGAUUUAUUUGCUCCUCCUUCUUCACUGGAUUCAUUUUCUCUUUUAACUGCUUGGAGAGACUUUCUUUUAGUGACUGUUGUAUAUGAACCUGCUCUGUUUACAUCGGAUUCCAAAAAGCAAAUAUUGAAAAAUAUUUUGGAGCAAUUUACAUCUGAGUUGACUGAAAGCAACCAACAGAUACUUAUUUUACUUUCUGAAUUGUUCUUAAUGCUAUCUCGACAUUGGCAGAAGGACUAUGUAGCUUUUGUAAAAGAGGAAGACUUGAAUCCUAUUUACAAAAUAAUUUCUGAAGUUGCUUCCAAUAUUGACACCAUUCAUCUGCGAGAACAGUUGGUUGUUAUUUCUUUAGCUGUGUUCACCAUUCGAAUAUUUUCUAAACACAAUGAAAAAAUCAGUAACAUUAAAGAGUGGGUAAAUCCUUGCUGCCAGUUACUAAAAACAUCCUCUCAACUGAUACAUCGAUCUGUAGAUCCUAAAGACCUUGAAGGAUUUUUAAAGCUUCCUACUGUGAUAAUUAUUCUCCUUAAUGAGUUAGUUCAAAAAGUGAAGGACUGGUUACCUAUUUUAAAAAGCCAUUCCAUUUUACCUCUCUUAGUGAGCUUAUUAAUCAAAUGCUUGAAAUUUAAAGUUGGGAUAGAAUUGUCUCAUGCAAUAAUUGUGCUUUUUCUAUCUAUGUCCUCAGAUAAAAAGGCUGCUGAAACAUUAUGUAAUUCUGGUUUUAUGUCUGAAAUGAUUCUUAUUCUCUCUAAUAUUGACUUUGAAAUACAGAUUUCUGAAAGAAGAAAAGGCACAGUAUCUCAGAAACAAAAAUUGAGUCAAAUUGAUGUUUACUAUGCUUUUUUGAGGUUCAUUACGGUUUUACUUAAAACAUUGGGAAAUUACUUUUUACCUGAUUGCUGGAAUUUCAUUGGAGUUCACCAAGAUUUAAUGCAUUUAAGUCUACACAAAGGGAAAACUAGUUUUCGACUAGACGACAUUCAAGAAGCUAUAUUCACCUCAAAUUUCAUUUUGCAAUUAUCUUCUCAUCGACUUGCUUGGAAACUGGAACAUCCCAAAUCUCUCAAUGUACUCCUGGUUGAUGUUUGUAAUUGUGUGUAUGGGACAAUAGCAAUUUUAAGCAAACCUGAGCUCUUGAAAUAUUAUAUUAUGAAAAAGAUUCCAGACUCGAAGCUCACAUCAUUGAAUGACAUAGAAACUGAAAACUUAUUGAAGCGAGGAAGUUCUGAAGAUGAAAGUCAAAUGCCAGCUGAAGUGUCUGAAAUUCAAGAGAAAUUGUACGAACUGUUAGCAGUUACUCUCACAAUACUAAAUAAAUUCAGUCCUGAACUAUAUGAAACUUUAUCUGGCAAUCCGUAUGAUUAUGCCCAGUGGCAACUGUUCUUGAGCAUCAACUUCAGUGUACCUUCCAUGGAUCGUGAUGGACCUUUAGGUUUUGGAUCUUUGUUAGCCUGCAUCAGUAUGUGCCUUAAACAGUUUGUAAAGAAUGAAAAAACACCUUCUCCUAGGAAAACAGUGGAGACCCCUUCUCAAAUGCACAGGCCAGUCAUUAUGUAUAUAUUAGAAGUAAGUUUGGCUUUGUUGAUUUCUCAAGCCAACAUUGCCAUAUUUCACCCCGAUCUACAUAUGAGAGACAAGCAAAUUAUCAAGCGAGAGCUGGCUCCAGAACUCAAUUCUAUGAACAUUACGAUGAAUCGAUAUUUGAGGCGUGGUCCUCCCUCUCCUGUUCCUAUGGCAACCACUCCAUCACCAAUGAAAUCUCAAUCGAUGAUUGAGCAUCCCUUCCUGAGAUUAAUUGGAAAUUUAAUAGAAAAACUUUUUAAAUAACUUUGUUAAAUUUUAUUUUUAGCAACCGACAACUUUUGUAAGAUAUUUUUGUAAAUAGUUUUAUUUGAUUAAUAAACUAUUUUUGUAAUUUUA